AUGGCCUCGAGAUUUACUUUCCCGCCCCAGAGGGAUCAAGGCAUUGGUUUCACCUUCCCACCGACAAAUAAAGCAGAAGGUUCUAGCAACAAUAACCAGAUAUCAAUAGAUAUUGAUCCUUCAGGCCAGGAUGUCUUGGAGGAAAUAAACGAAGCGCCACUUAACACAUUUCCUCUUCACCAAUCCGUUACGGAUGCACCUAUUAUUGAUAUUCCAUCUCCUACUGAUAUGUCUGAAGGCACCUCUCUAAAUAAUCAAUUACUUUUACGGCAACAACAGCAACAAGGAACGGGGGAAGGUCAAGCUCUUCCGCCUACCUUUGUUGAGGAGCAAAGUGAUCAAAACAAGAUUUCAAUGCUACUACCUGAACAAAAGCAGCAAAGAAUGCAAGAAUCAGCACCGCCGGACAUUACAGCAAAAUCAGUAGCAGAGGACUACGUGACUACUUUGAGACAGCAAAUGGCUACAGAUUGGAAAAGUCCCUCUGAAUAUGCUCUUCAUAUACUUUUUACAAAGUUUAUUCGUUACGCGGAGAACAAACUAAAUAUGUGUCUACAGCAGUUGGACAUGGCGGAACCCCCAAUUGUAGAAAUUCUUGGUGAAGGCGUUGAUCCCAGCUUUGAUGAAAUUAUUAAAUCUCUAGGUCACAUUGCAAAGAAAAAACCGAAACCUGUGAUUGAUGCAAUGAUGUUUUGGAGGAAGACUAAAUCUGAAGCGGCCAACUCUGCUUCAGAAGAAAUGGAAAAACUAUUAAAAGAGUAUGAGUUUGAAAAGGCACAUCCCUCGCAGGCUCAUUUUUUAAUGAAUAGGCGGCUAUCAAGAUCUUCCAGUAAUACAACCUCAAAGUACAAACAUAAUAACAAUACCAAUAAUCUUCCUGGCAUGAAAAGGCACGUUUCCUCAUCUUUCAACAACAAAGUUCCGUUAAUCAAAGCUAGUAGCAGUAACAAUAGCGCUACUUCAAGUCCAUCCAUAGCGAACUCACAAUUGAAAAGUUUAGAGAACACAAUUGAAGUAGCAAAAGAAGAAGCAUUCCUUGCAGAUAGGAAAUCUCUGAUUAGUAUAUACAUCCUAUGCAGGGUGCUAAAUGAAAUUGUUAAGCAGGCUUCCAGCAAUGAAGAAGAAGAUUUAUCUGAUAAGCUAGAAGAGAUUGUUUUUACUCAGUUAAAAACUACUGAUCCACUUUCUAUAUCAACUAGUUUAAUUAAGUCUUCGAAUUGGAAUUCUUUUGCCGAACUACUGGGCUCUAUGUCUGAAAAGAAAUUUUUGUCAGUUAGUGAUCGAUUUAUAGCUGAUCUAGAAAAAAUCCCGGCGUAUAUACCUCCCGAGUUAGAGCCAAGUACUCAUUUGUUGAUUCUUGGUAUGAGAUAUUUGAAGUUAAGAAAUUAUCCGUUGGAGAAAUUUGAAGAAAGUGCAGAUUUCAUGAAAAGUUUAUCAAAGUUCUUCGCAAAGACUGAAAAUUUUCCGGUUUGUUUGGCGUAUGCUGAAGUCACUAACCAGCUAUUGUUGCCUUUGGCUGGCUCGUUGACGGCAGAAGUUAAUCAUCCAACGUGGGUAGAGGCAAUGUCUACUUUACUGAACACUGCCAAGAGGCUACAAGCUGAUAGUAAGUAUUGGGUAAGUGGUUUCAAAUUAACAGUUUCUAUUUUGUGUGCAUCACCACCAGACCUAUUUUCUAAACAAUGGCUAUCGUUGUUGGAGGCAAAUGCCUCAAAAGUUAAGUCCAAAAGUCUGAAUGAAAGGAUUAUCUUUGCAGUUGGUUUAUCCAGAUUAGUUUGGGUCUAUUUAUAUAGAUGCCCAGAAACUUUAAAUAAUACUACAAGGACGCUUACCAAGCUUUUACAACUAUAUCUAAACACAAGGAAAAAAGAGAAUUGGAUAACCGGCGAUUUUGGUCUCUUGAACCCAUUGACAGACGCGUUAAUAUCAAUUGGAUUUUUACAUCCGAAUUUUUUAAUGGAACAAGCUUUAAUUCCAUUGAUACGGCAAUCUUUCAAUGGCUCUAACCUGGAAAAUAUCAAUUACGAAAAACUGAUUUUGACUAUAAAUACAUACAAAGGAUUGCUGGUUACAAAAGAGAGGCCAAGGUUUCCUGAGGAUGAUAACAGGCUUUAUGAACUAAAUUUAAACAAUAUUACAGUGAAUCAGGUUCAAGAAGCCUCUUCCAUAAACCAUACAGAAAUAUCAGAUUACUUUUAUAAAUUAUUCCUUUUAUUGGAUUCUAGCAUCGGUUCUGAAGUUUGGUCUCCUGAAAAUCAGCACCAAAAGCAAUCAUCAAACGCAUUCAGCCCAUUUGGCUUUAGCUUUUCUAAUGACAAUGACUCAAGUAAAAAUAAGUCGCUUUAUGUUAUAUUGUUCGGCACCAUCAUUGAAGCUAUACCAUGUUGCCUUUCUAUUUCACGCACUAUCCCAUAUAAAUCUACAAUUGAGAUUUUAUCAAGGAACGCUGUUCAUUCGGAGGUAAUUAUUUCUUCUAGCAGUCAAAAUGCACUAAGAGCAUUAGCAUCUAAGAAGAAUCCAUACACCCUAAUCACAUGGUUUGCUAAAUAUUCAUUUGAUUUCGAUGAAAAGACACAAUCAAGUUAUAACAUGUCGUACUUGUCAUCAAAGGAGUACAACAGAUUAUUGAUACUUUAUGUUGAGCUUUUGGAAUGCUGGUUAGAAGAAUUCCAAUCGUCCAAUAAAGAGGAAAAUAAAAAAGAAACUGGUUUGGAUGGAAUUCGCUUGUUGCCGAUCGAUGCAGAACAAGAGGAGAGUAACGAAACCGAAAAACUGGAGUGGAAAAAUACAGUUACAGUUAUUGAAGAAGUAGAAGGGAAUGGCUUAUUUUUUCUUUGUUCACACGAUGCAAAAAUUCGUAGAUUGGGCAUCCAGAUAUUGAGAAUUAUUUUCAAGUUUGACGAAGCGAUGAUGGAGAAAACAGAGAAAUUGUCAAACGGGCAUUCUAGAUCAUCAUCCCAUUUUGCAGCUGAUCGCGGAACAAGACUUAUUGAUUUAUUAAAUGAGUGUAAUACCACUACCUUAAUUAAUCCACAUAAAGCAACAUUAAGUGCGGUUGAAAAAACGAGAUUCAGUCGACUGAAUUCUAAAUAUAAAAGAGGUCUACUUAUCAAACUGGCCGAAUCAGAGUACGGAGUAGAUGCUGCACUAUGGCAAAGGGCUUUUCCUAAAUUACUGGCGUUGGUUUUCAAAACUUGUCCUAUGGCGAUGGCAUUGUGUCGAUCUAUCGUUUGUAUAAGACUUGUGCAAGUACACGAAAUAAUUCUGCGGGUAGCAAAUGAUGUUGAUUUCAAACUCAAAAAUGUUUUACCGGAAACAAUAGUAAACCAAUGGAAGCUAUAUUUGAUUGCCGCAUGUACUUCAUUAACUUCCACGUUUGACCAAAAACUGCAUAUUCCGUCCAAUAUUCCUCAGCAUGGCAGGAAAAAAAGUCAACAAAUCUUUACUGUUCAGCACCAAAAAAUCAAAUCUGCGAAAUCAAUCUUCAAGAUGGUUCUUCCCUUAUUAAAUGCAAAGUAUAUUAUGAUUAGGGAUGCUAUAAUAACGGGGCUAAGCUCAAUGAAUAUCAACAUUUUUAAAGCAUAUGUGGAGGCAAUUGAUGUAUUUUUAGUGGCAUGGAAAGAAGGGAGCUCCAACAACCAAAUCAGAGUGGAGAUGUUUCAUAUUUUGACGAUUUUAUCGCCGUACUUAAAAUCGGAUAUGAUAUUUAAUGACGAAUGGAUACUUCGGAAAUUAUCAGAGUUUUUGCAGAAGACAAAACAGUUCCUCGAGAAGGAUUCUGUGCAAAUCUCCUACGAAUAUCAAUCGCUGCGAAGCUACUUUGCAGGUCUUAUAUUGAGCUACUAUAUGGCAGUAAGAGAGCAUCCGCUAAUAGAUGAAUUAUUUCCCUUCCAAGCACGCGCAUCAUGUUUCAAUUUCUUGAAGGAAUGGUGUGGUUAUGGUGAGUACGAGCCAAUAUCUGAAGAAAGAUAUGCCAUAAUGAUAAAAAAUACAGAGAGUGGCAGAGAUAGAACCGCUAUUACAACUGGAAUAGAAUUCCAAAAAAACAGAUUGCAGAUGAUCGUGCUAGAGACUAUGGUUGUUUUAUGUUCAGAUCCAAUAACCCAAACAUUGGACGAUGAUUUAGAGUUGCCUAUUGUGAUUUCAUUCGAUACUGAAGAUUUACUUGCUUGGAUUGAAGCACUAUUUGACUCGGACAAUACUACUGUAAAAAAUCUUGGUGUGCGUGCUUUGGAGAAUCUCCUGGACAAAAAUAGGGAAAAUUUUAAACUAUUUAGAGAUGUUGCUUUCCAAUGUGUUUCACACCACUCACAUCCUUCGGUAGCUGUUUUAUAUUACACUACACUUUGUAAAUCCGUUUUGAAAUUGGAUAAUUUGGUUUUAGAUGAAGAUGAAUUAGUCUCCUUGGGUUUGUAUGGUUUAGUGGCAGAUAAGGAAGAUACAAGGACAUUUGCUGUUGAUCUACUUUCAGCUGUUGAAACGAAAUUACAUAAUUCUUCUUAUACCAAGGUAUUUAAGGAGAGACUUGCAAAUUCUUCAAAGACGGUUUACAAAUCAACUGCAAAAGAAAUUUCUAGCAUAUUUGCCGAACUGCUCUCUCAGGAUUUGUGUUUGAGAAUAUUUUCCAGUUUGGUUAGAAUACUUGAUUUGUUUCCUUUCGAAAUAAAAAGAGAUUUGUUGGUGCUUAUGGUACCUUGGGUAAACAAAUUUACAUUGAAAUCUUUAGAAGAGUUGGACACGUUUAUGGUAUUGAAUAACCUAUUUUACAUCACUAUUGAUCUUAACGACUCUUUACCGAACGAAGUAGAGCAGCUAUGGAUUUCUCUUGGCAAGGGUAAUUCUUUCCAAAAUAUACACGUAUCGCUGGAGUACAUCAUAAAUUCUUCAAUGAAUCACUGCAAUCCAUUGUUUGUUCAGUAUGCUAGAGAUAUUGUAUUGUAUUUGGCAAAUAUUCCUGGUGGCAUUGGACUACUUGACACUCUAUUGAAUAAUUUAGAACCGAAAUACAUGGUUCCUUUAGCGAAACAUACGUUUAAUGAGCCAAUGAAUAAUAAUAAGUAUUCCUUUUUAGGGAAUAUCUGGGAACGACUAAAUUACAAUGGGAAAAGAAUCAUUUUUUCGAAGGCGCAGCUUUCGAUUAUCUUUUUAGUCAAUUUGUUAACGAACUUGAGUGAAUCUGUAAAGGCGAAAAUUCCUCUUCUACUACAUAUGUCCAUUUGCUUGCUUGACCAUUAUGUGCCGCUUAUUCACGAAAGCGCGUGUAAAAUUGCAUCUACAUUAAUAUUUGGAUUGGCACCAAGUCACGAAAAGUCUGAGGAAACCGUGAAACUACUAAGAAAUAAGCAUGCCUUAUGGUCAUAUGAUAACUUGAUGAAAAAAGGUGCAAGAUCACCAAAAACUAUGGACCUAUUAAUUAGGAACAUAAUCUCUAUAUUCUCGGACUUAGAUGAAUUUCAAGUAACUUGGCAAAGAAUUGCCUUGAAGUGGGCUACCACUUGCUCAGUUAGGCACAUAGCGUGCAGGUCAUUUCAAAUAUUUAGAUCAUUAUUGACAUUUUUAGAUCAGGAAAUGUUGCGUGAUAUGCUUCAUAGACUUUCGAACACUAUAUCGGAUGGAAAUGUCGAUAUACAAGGAUUUGCCAUGCAGAUCUUGAUGACUUUGAAUGCAAUCAUGGCCGAACUUGAUCCGACGAAUUUGAUCAGUUUCCCGCAGUUAUUUUGGUCCAUUACAGCAUGUUUGAGCAGCAUUCACGAACAAGAAUUCAUUGAAGUGCUGUCAUGUUUAAGUAAAUUCAUUUCCAAGAUCGAUUUGGAUUCUCCUGAUACCGUACAGUGUUUGGUUGCGAUCUUUCCUUCCAAUUGGGAAGGUCGCUUUGAUGGCUUGCAACAAAUAGUUAUGACUGGAUUGCGAUCAGCGAAUUCCUUAGAGAUUACGUGGAAAUUUUUGGAUAAGUUAAAUUUGUUGAAAGAUAGCCGAAUUAUAGCAAAUACAGAGUCUAGGCUGCUUUUCGCAUUAAUAGCAAACCUUCCGAGAUUUUUGAAUGCAAUGGAUCGCAAAGAUUUUACGGGCAUUCAGGUUGCUGCAGAUUCGUUAAUUGAACUUGCAAAUGCGUACAAACAACCUUCUCUUUCCCGUUUGAUAGAUUCUCUAGCAAAGAACAAGUUUAGAUCAAAGAAAGAUUUCAUGAGCCAAGUAGUGAGUUUCAUAUCUAGAAACUACUUCCCCUCGUACUCCGCUCAAACGUUAGUGUUCCUUCUGGGUCUUCUGUUCAAUAAAAUAGGAUGGAUCAGAGUUCAAACUCUGGAAAUUUUAAAAUAUGUUUUUCCUUUAAUUGACUUAAGAAGGCCAGAAUUUAUUGGUGUCGGUGCUGAUUUGAUUUCUCCGUUACUCAGGUUACUAUUUACUGAAUACGAAGCAAAGGCCUUGGAAGUUUUAGAUUGCGUACCAAAUGUUUCUGGAAGUAAAAUGGAUAAGGAUGUUUUAAGGAUAACCAUGGGAAAUAAGGAUGUGAAAGACGGCGAUAAUGCUACCACUACCUUGUUUGGUUUGCCUGAAGAUAGCGGUUGGUCUGUUCCUAUGCCAACAAUGACGGCGGCUACGACAAGGCACAACGUUCACGCAGUUUUUAUGACAUGUGGUACAGGCAAAUCAGAUGAAGUAUCUGCUCACGGAUCGGAUGAUAUGGAUGCAGUUAUCGAAUUUCAUGCGGAUGGUGACUAUGAACUCGGCAGAAUGGAUACAAUUGUCGAGUUUCAUGCGGACGGUGAUUAUGACCUUGGUAGAAUGGACACAAACGAUUCCAUUUCUGUUGCGGAAGAAAAGGAUGCUUCGUUAAGUCACAUGUGGGCAGAGCUAGAUAAUCUUGAUAGUUUUUUCACAAAGGACACAAAUGUGCCAAAUAUCUCCUCUAAAAUGGGGAUGGGAAUUCCACAUGGACGUUCUGAUUCGAUUGAAACCACUCGCACAGAUCAAACUUUUUCCUUUGAGUCUGCUCCACAGUUGUAUGACAAAAAGGUCUCAGUCAUACUGAACAGGAGCUUAUCUAGAACACCGUCCAAUGUUUCAUUUAAAACUCAUUUGGCUGAUUCAUUUGCUGUGAAAAUAAACAGGAAUGGAAAGCCAAGAAUAUAA